AUGUCUGAAACUAUUGAAGGUAACGUUAAAAUCGACAGAUUGUCCCCAGGUAAUGGCUCGUCUUUCCCUAAGACCGGAGACUUGGUUACCAUCCACUACACAGGUACUCUAGAGAACGGCCAAAAAUUCGACUCUUCUGUGGACAGAGGUUCCCCAUUCCAGUGUAACAUUGGCGUUGGCCAAGUGAUCAAAGGUUGGGAUGCAGGUAUUCCUAAGCUAUCCGUCGGUGAAAAGGCUAGAUUGACCAUCCCAGGUCCAUACGCCUACGGUCCUCGUGGUUUCCCAGGUCUAAUCCCACCAAAUGCCACUUUGGUGUUCGACGUCGAGUUGUUGAAGAUCAACUAA